GCCCAACUAGUUAUUUCGGAUGAGGUGGUCUCACCCGAUGGCUAUCGCCGCUCCGCUACCGUCGUUAACGGGAUGACUCCAGGUCCCCUCAUCAAAGCAGUCAAGGGCCAGAAUUUCAACAUAGCCGUCAAGAACGAGUUGGACGAUCCAUCUAUGGCACUAGCGACCAGUAUACAUUGGCAUGGGAUUUUCCAACGUCACUCUUCCUGGUACGAUGGUACUCCGUCUGUUACUCAAUGUCCUGUCACGCCCAACGACACGUUCACGUACAACUUCGACGUCGAUGGUCAAGCAGGCAGCUACUGGUACCAUUCACACUAUCUCACCCAGCUGUGCGAUGGCUUGAGAGGGCCACUCGUCAUCUACGACCCAGACGAUCCUCACGGUCACUUGUAUGACGUCGAUGAUGAAACUACCGUUAUCACUCUCGCAGACUGGUAUCACAAUCCUUCACCAGUUCUUGCUGCGAUCAAUGGUGCAGUUGAGCCGAACUCGACACUCAUCAAUGGCAAGGGCAGGUAUCCCGGUGGCCCCGCUACACCACUGUCGGUCAUCGAAGUCGAGCAAGGAAAGCGGUACCGGUUCCGUAUAUUUGGCAUGCAAUGCGAUCCAUACUACAACUUCACCAUCGCCGGUCAUAAGAUGACGGUCAUCGAGACGGAUGGCAUCAUCACCGAGCCCGUCGAGGUCGACUCCAUCUCCGUCUUCGCAGCUCAACGGUACUCGGUCAUCGUCGAGGCCGACCAGCCCGCUGAUAACUAUUGGAUCCGAGCACGCUCCAGCCUGCCCAAUCAAACGUUUCGCGACGGCGUCAACUCCGCCGUCCUCCGCUACAAAGGCGCGCCGGACGAGGAGCCUGCCGUGGAGUAUGACGUCGUCAAUAACACCCUCGUUGUUGGAACACCUACCUACGCUCCCCUUAUCGACAGCAUGAUUCAUCCGCUCUUGAACCCCGGUGCUCCUGGAAUCCACGAGAUUGGCAAGGCGGACGUGAACAUCAACUUCGACCUCGACCUCAUCGAUUCACGGUACACGAUGAACAACGUCAGCUGGGUGAAUCCAUCGGCGCCCAUUCUGCUGCAGAUCUUGAAUGGCAAGAUGCAUCCGUCGCAGAUUAUGCCUCCUGGCACGGUCUACGAGCUUCCGCCCAAUAAGGUGAUCGAGCUGAGCAUUCCCGCGAACGCCAGGGCAGCUGGGGGACCACACCCAAUGCAUCUUCAUGGCCAUACCUUCGACGUUAUUCGUGGCCCCGGGGAGAGGGAACCGAACUUUAAGAACCCACAGCGCCGCGACGUAGUUUCGAUUGGCACCCCUGGCGAUAACGUGACGAUCCGGUUCGUUACUGACAACGCCGGCCCCUGGUUCUUCCACUGUCACAUCGAUUGGCAUCUAAACCACGGUUUCGCCGUCGUCAUGGCGGAGAGCCCGCCCGCCAUAGCGGCUCAUAAGCAGGACGUUCCUAACUCUUGGUAUGACUUAUGCCCCGCGUUCAAGGAGUUCGAAAUCGCCACGAACGGUGCCAUCUAGGCCAUCCGGCAUCGGAACGGCUUGGACACAACAUGCAUACACUAUACCCACACGCUCUUUGCCCCUUAGAGCGCCAUAUUUUAUUUGCGAUAUAAUCUGGGAUAACUUUUGGC